GCCCGGUGCGUGAUGACGUCAGCGGCGGCGUGCCCCUGUGCCUGAGCCGCGGAGACCCCGCAGCGAGCUGCCAACGCCCGGCGGAGACUCUGAGGCUUUUCGUCUUGCUGUCUAGGCCGCGAUCGAUCCUUGCAGCGCUGGUGGCUUGCCUUUGCUGCUGAACAAGGGAAGGGUGGUUCCAGCUGCUCUGGUUCCUUCCUGGGGUUAGGUUCACAUUGGAGUUGAUACUCUAGCAGACUUCAGCUAUGCAGACGAUUAAGUGUGUAGUCGUGGGUGAUGGUGCUGUUGGUAAAACAUGUCUCUUAAUUUCUUACACAACAAAUAAAUUCCCAUCGGAAUAUGUACCAACGGUGUUUGAUAACUAUGCUGUAACAGUGAUGAUUGGAGGAGAGCCUUACACCCUAGGCCUCUUUGAUACUGCAGGUCAGGAAGAUUAUGAUAGAUUACGACCCCUCAGCUAUCCGCAGACAGAUGUAUUUCUGGUCUGUUUUUCAGUGGUCUCUCCUUCUUCGUUUGAAAAUGUGAAAGAAAAGUGGGUACCUGAAAUUACUCACCACUGUCCAAAGACUCCUUUUCUGCUUGUUGGGACCCAAAUUGAUCUAAGAGAUGAUCCUUCGACAAUUGAGAAACUUGCCAAGAACAAGCAGAAGCCCAUAACUCCAGAGACGGCUGAAAAACUGGCCCGGGACCUGAAGGCCGUCAAAUACGUGGAGUGCUCUGCACUUACGCAGAAAGGCCUAAAGAAUGUAUUUGACGAGGCGAUAUUGGCCGCCCUGGAGCCUCCGGAGCCGAAGAAGACUCGCAGGUGUGUGCUGCUAUGAACGUCCCUCCACAGCCCUUUCUGCAAAGCUGGUGUUUGAUGUCAUACUAAAAGCAAUGUUUAAAUCAAACUAAAGAUACAAAUUUUAAAAUUUGUUUUUGCAAUAAUGACAAAUGCCCUGCACUCCCAUCUCCCCCACACGAUCCCUGUGUGAGAUGAGAAUGUUAGUGUUUAUUCCCCAGUGCCCCUUCAAUUCAGUUAAAGACUAGUUAAUUUUGAAUAAUUAUGUAUUAUCAGAAAACACUGAUCAGUACUAGUUUUUUAUUUUGUUUACUGUUUCUAAUUUUUGUUUAAAAUCCAGGCAUGCUUGUGAUGACUUUUUCUGUAACAGACUAAUUCUGGGCUGUUUUAAUGAAGCCUUGUCCCUUAUGCCAAUCUGGCAAGACUUGGUUCUGGUUUCAAGAACUUCUGGGGCUGUUCUUCAGCCAGCCAGCCAGCGGCCUGGGUGUGAGCAUACGUUAGUACUAAAGACAAAUUCAGGAAACUAGGAUGUCCCAACCUGGUGCUCCUCUAAGGAAGAGUGUAGAAGAAGUAUCUGCAUCUCCUCUGAAGUUGCCUUGUAUCUCUUUCCCUGGCUUUCCACUGGGCAGGUCAUAAAUUUCUACCCGUUCCUCUAAGUUAUGAAGUUCUAAGAACAGGAGAAAUCUUUUCUCUAGAUGCACCAUCAGACUUGAAACUAGCUUGCCAGUCUCUUCCUUAACUUUGACGACAUAAGCUUUUGUCACAUUGUGAAGAAAUAACUGCACCUUUUUAAGUAUGCCCAACUGAUUCAGUUGGCUUUUAACAAAUCCAUCUUCUGCCAAUCCUUAAUUGUUCGGGAAAUGCUUACAGUUACCAGCAUAUACACUGUUGUUCGAACAGUUUGAAAGGACCUGGUGUAUAUUAAAAUGAGUCCUGGAGCUGUGGCUGUGGUGCAUCUCUUACUGGAUGGUCAGGCAUCCUUCAAGGAGGGGUGGAAAGACAGACCUGUGUCAGUGGAAAGGACCCGCAGGGAGGGAUUUCUAGUGUUUAGUGUGGCACCAUAUAGGGACCAGUUAAAGGAAUCCCCCUUUUCUGCAUUGUGCUUGCAAGUAACCUUGGAACCUGUAAGAUGGGCUCCAGCCCAAUCAGGAUUGUGUGCAAGAUCUUUGCUUAGACUGCAGUGUUUGUAGGGAUUUUACCAAAACUGUAUUUUGGCUUGCAAAUUCAAAUUUUUUAAGACUUAGGGAAUCUUCUCCAUUUUCCCAAAUUUCUAAUUCUUGUAGAUUCAUUAGUGUUGAACCAGUGCUUUUCACGUCGAAGUUCUUUGUAUAUGCAUUCUUUUCAGAUGUAUUAAACAUAAAAUAUCUUCACAA